CGGGCCCCGGGCGCGCUGCGCGCCGAGUGACAAGCUAACUAGUCGCCGGCGGUCGGCCGGGCUGAAGAUGGCUACCGCCCUGCAGCGCAUCGAGCGGCUGUCCAGUCGGGUGGUGCGCGUGUUGGGCUGUAACCCGGGUCCCAUGACCCUGCAAGGCACCAACACGUACCUGGUGGGGACCGGCAGCAGGAGAAUCCUCAUUGACACUGGAGAGCCAUCAAUUCCAGAAUAUAUCAGCUGUUUAAAGCAAGCCUUGGUUGAAUUUGACACAGCAAUCCAAGAAAUCCUAGUGACUCAUUGGCAUCGUGAUCAUACCGGAGGGAUAGUUGAUAUUUGUAAAAACAUCAGUAAUGACACUACCUAUUGCAUUAAAAAACUCCCACGGAAUCCUCGGAGAGAAGAAAUCAUAGGGAAUGGAGAACAGCAGUACGUUUAUAUAGAAAAUGGAGACUUGAUUAAGACAGAGGGAGCCACUCUCAGAGUUAUAUACACUCCUGGCCACACUGAUGACCACAUGUCUUUACUCCUGGAAGAAGAAAAUGCCAUAUUUUCUGGGGAUUGUAUCCUAGGAGAAGGAACAACAGUAUUUGAAGACCUCUAUGAUUAUAUGAACUCUCUACAAGACUUACUAAAAAUCAAAGCUGACAUUAUAUAUCCAGGUCAUGGCCCAGUAAUCCAUAAUGCUGAAGCUAAAAUUCUGGAAUAUAUUUCUCACAGAAAUAGCCGAGAAGCACAAAUUCUUACAUUAAUCCGUGAAAACUUUGAAAAAUCAUUUACACUGACUGAACUUAGGAAAAUGAUUUACCAGAAUGUUCCAGAGAAUUUACAUAAGAUGGCAGAGCAUAAUCUCCUGCUUCAUUUGAAAAAACUAGAGAAAGAAGGAAAAAUAUUUUACACCACAGAUCCUGACAAGAAAUGGAGAGCUGUACUUUAGUUUCCAAUGAAUGAAGCUCUAUCUUGUUUUGCUUUUAGAGCAUGGUAUGUUUUUUUAGCUAUAGAUUAUUUAUAGAGAAUAUCAAAUGUGGAACUUUGAGAAUAGCCCUGGAUACUUUUCUAAAAUAUGUAAAUUACAUUGCACAUACGUAGGACAGGUUAUUGAUCUAACCUGGGCCUUGGAACAUUUUACCAAAAGUUCAGAAUCUAACACUUUGUCAAUUUCCUAUGGAUUAAGUAAAAUGGUUACUUAAAAAUAA